AUGAAUUCAGGACGUCCUCUUAAGAGAAUUGGUAAUACAACCAGGGAAUCGAUGGAUAUCGAUGUAGAUUUUGAUAUCGUUUAUCACAGGUUUACUGAUUUGUUACAUCGCCAUUCAUUAGCAAUUAAAGAGGCAUUUCUCCAUUUUAGGGAUAUUGAUAAUAAAAGCUUCUAUGGAUGUGAUGAUGAUCAUGAAGGUGGAAAUGGAGUGUAUGACUCUAAAAGAAGGUUUUCGGCUGUUUAUAUGACCAUGCUUCGUGCGCUUCAAGAUGGUCAUAAAAUUGUGUUUGUUGCGUGUGGGAAGUCAUUCCAUAUUGUUGGUAAGACUGUCGCUACUUGUCACUCGUUAGGUAUUCGUGCUGGUUUACUUCAUCCUUCCGAAGCUAUGCACGGUGAUUUAGGUCUUGUAUCUAACGGAGACACCAUAUUACUAUGUUCUCAUAGUGGUGAGACCGAGGAGCUCAUCAACAUGGCUUCUUACAUAAGAGCUAUGAAUAUUGCUCCUGAUUCUCCUUAUGUUGUGGUUACUGGUGCAGCCCAUUCCCGUCUCUCCCAGCUUGCAGACCAUGUUCUCUACAUACAUCUCCCAUCACAUCUUCGCGAGUCAUCUGCCCAGGCUGGUCUUAACGCACCAACUAUCUCGACGACCUUAAUGUUGUUAACCCUUGAUUGUCUCUGCCUCGCUUUAAGUGACAGAGGUGGUUCCUCCUCGUUUCUACAGCGUAGGAAAGCCGCAUUUGACCUAUGCCACCCAGGUGGUGGCAUAGGCAUCCAAAGUAAAGCAGCUCUUUUAACUCAAGCAAGUAGUAGCGAUGCUACUACCACGAAUACUGUUACGUCCGUGACUACAACAGUUCAGGAUAACACCAAGAAGAAGAAGCCUGACCUCGCUACAGACCUCAAAAUUGCAGAAUACACCGGCAACGAAAGUUUGCUGCAAUUUUUGGACAUGAUAGUCUCUCAUGAUUACAUUAAGGUCGAGGGCUACGUAUACCCAGCCGAUCUCUUACAGCGUCGUUACACCCACUGUAAACAGACAGGCACUUCUUGGACCGUGAUGAUGACCGAACUAGCCCCAUCUACAAACUCUGCCCUUUCUUCCAGACAAAUAAGUCAGCCGUAUCCCCAUUAUGCCCAUCCCUCUACCACCAUCGCCAGUAAAUGA